CCUCGUCUCUGCAGGUGCACACGUUUUACGAGGCGGUCGGCUACAUGAUCGCCGCUCAGACAGACCAGGCGGUUCAGGAGCUUCUGAUCGAGAAGUACAUGCUGCUGCCCAACCAGGUGUGGGACAGCAUCAUCCAGCAGGCCACCAAGAACGUGGACAUCCUGAAGGACGCGGAGACGGUGCGUCAGCUGGGCAGCAUCCUGAAGACCAACGUGCGCGCCUGUAAAGCCGUGGGCCACCCGUUCGUCGUGCAGCUGGGGCGGAUCUACCUGGACAUGCUCAACGUCUACAAGUGUCUGAGUGAGAACAUCUCCUCAGCUGUCCAGACCAACGGUAAGAAGUUCUUUAUU